AGAUUUAGAUUUAGGCCGAUCCUCGGCUCAGCGUCUGCUCGCACCAGAUAAUUAGGAGUGGUUGAGAAGGCUCACAGCUACGAGACUGUGCUGGGGAUGCGGCUUGGAGCUUCCAGUAGGGUGUGCAGAAGGUUCGAAGCAGCUCGGGCAGGGGCGGGGGGAGUGGAGAGGCGAUCCUUCAGGAGGGGCGGAGGUCGCGGACUUGAGCAGCAGCUCGAUGGUCGCCCACGCUGUGUAGCAGGAGAUCGAGUAGCUGCUGUCGCUUCAGACCGGAGAGGCUUCGGAUCGUAGGCCCUGGAGCUGCUGCUCAAAGGGAGGUUUGCGUGUUCGUCAGUGGGUUCGAUUUGGCCGAUGAUGACGACAGUGGGGGUCGAUCGGCCUUCCUCCACCCUGGUGACGAAGCGCGUCGAUCGUCCGAGAAGUGAUGGCUCGUGCAUUGACAUCUCGAGCUAAUCUGUUGCAUGUCGCUGCGGAAGCCUGGAGUCGAUGGCCGAGCGAGGCGGGAGCUCGACGAAGGAUGUGUAUCAUCUCACAUGGCUUCUCGAUGUGCGUUUCUGAGAGGAGGAGGAGGCCGGGGCCGAGGUCACGAACGAUGAAGUAUUGUACAUUCUUAGCGGCGUAGUAGAAUCGAUAGACGAGGAACCAUAGACCAGGAAUCGAUAGACGAGCCCAUAGCCAGUCCAGGAACUGCACGAACAGAUACACCAUCCAUCUCUGGACUCGCAGACCUCACCGAGAUUUAGACAGAGCCCCACGACAGCUGCUGCUGCUGCUGCUCCUCCGACUUGGAUCCGCUGCACGGAUGGCGGGAAGUUAUGGCGUCCAGCAGGCCUUGCUCGCUCUCAUUCUCUGCAGCUCCUUCCUGCUCGGCGCAAAUGCUUUCGACUUUUCACUCGAUUCCAGCUCCUUCACCACGGACAACAUGAUUUUGCUAGGUGGAGCUCACUUGACAGGCUCUGAGAAUGGAAGUCUCUCGUUGAUCCCCGAGCUGCCCAACAAUCCACAACAAGCUUCAGGUGUGGCAUACUACCAUGCGCCCGUGCGCAUGCUGGACCCAAAAACAAAUAAAACCGCAUCGUUCAGCACCAAAUUCACGUUCCAUCAGAUUCCGGAGAGUUACAACAACAGCGCGACCGACCGUCGAGGGGAUGGCAUGACCUUCGUUUUUUCUUCGAGCAGUACGUGGGUGGGGGGAGCCGCAGGUCGGCUGGGUAUACUUCCCUUGGACCAAGGGAACACGAUGGUGAAGCUGUUUCUCGUGGAGUACGACACUUUUCAGAACUCGAUAAACCGCGAUCCGGCGUUCGAUCACGUGGGCGUCGACACCAUGAGCGCGGUGUCUGAGGUGCUGGAAGAGGUGCAAUCUCUGGGGCUGAAUUUCUGGACAGGUGAGCAGGUGUGGUCGUGGAUCGAGUACAAUGGCACGAGCAAGGUGCUCGAGGUGAGAGUGGCCAACUCGAGCAGCAGGCCGGACAGUGCUCUGCUGCAGUACACGAGAGAUCUGGUCGGGGUGGUGAACGAGCAGAUGUGGGUCGGAUUCUCGGCGGGCACGGGAGAUGCGUACAGCUACUACUUCAUAGAUUCGUGGGAAUUUGAGAUCUUCGGAUUGCCCGCGAAGAAAAAGAGCGUAAGCGUGGGCUUAAUCGCGGGCUGCGUGGCCGGGGGCGUGGUGAUGCUGGUCAUAAUUGGACUCGGGGUGUUGUAUUGGAUUCGGAAGAAGCGCCGGGAAGCGGAGAAUGUCCAAGCCAUCGAGGAUUUCAUUCAAUUGUCAGGGAUGCCGGACCAUUUCAGUUACAAGCAGCUGAGUGUGGCGACGAAGUCGUUCAGCGAGACCUCGAAGCUCGGGGAAGGGGGAUUCGGAAGCGUGUACAAGGGGAUUUUGCCGAGCUCGGGGACAGCGGUGGCUGUGAAGCGAGUGGGGGCGGAAUCGAGGCAGGGCGAGAGGGAAUUUCUGGCUGAGGUGAGCAUCAUCAGUCAGCUCAGGCACCGCAAUGUGGUGCAGCUGAUGGGGUACUGCCGCGACGGGCGCAGGCUGCUGCUCGUGUACGAGUACAUGCCCAAUGGCAGCCUCGACCGAGCGCUACUGCAUCCGAGCUCUCCCGAGCACGUGCUCAGCUGGGAGCGCAGGAUGAAGAUCCUCUCGGGCUUGGCCUCGGCGCUGCACUACCUGCACGAGGGCUGGAAGCAGCAGGUGAUCCAUCGCGACGUGAAAUCGAGCAAUGUCAUGCUCGAUGACGAGUUCAAUGCCAAGCUCGGCGAUUUCGGGCUCGCUCGUCUGGUCGACCAUUCGAAGCAUGCGGAGACGACUAUGGUGGCCGGCACCUACGGCUUCAUCGCCCCUGAAGCCAUCGGCACGGGCAAAUUCACAGACAAAACGGAUGUGUACGCAUUCGGGGCCGUGGUUCUGGAGAUCGCCACGGGCAGAAAGGCAUUCGAUUCUUCCCGUCCCGAGGACGAGAUGUCGGUCGUGGAUAUGGUAUGGGAUCGUCUUAAGGAUGGCAAGCUGAUCAGCGUGGUGGAUAAGAGAUUGGACGGCAAAUACGAAGUGGUGGAUUUGGAAGUUAUGCUUUUGUUGGGCCUGAUUUGCUCGCACCCUGAUCCCAAAGCUCGCCCGUCCAUGCGCCAAGUGGUGCAAGUGCUGGCCGGCGAUGCUCCCGUGCCCCCGGUGCCCCUCUGCAAGCCUUCGCUGUCGUUCUCGUCCGGUGGGCUCGCCGUCACGCUGCGCGACCUGGAGAACACGAGGUCGACCUCCUCGGCGUCGGGAACAUUCACCGACCGCAGCUCGUCGACGAGCGCUUCAUCAUUUUUGCCGAAUUCCUCCUCCUUCUUCACUCCCAAGCAGGGUCGAUAGCUGAUCCAAGGUACAGAUUUAGAUCCAGAGGAUUCAAUUUUAUUACUCCUGUACAUAGUGCUUCCUUCGCUCGAUAGUCAGUCGUCCAGAGAUUCUCAUUGUAAUUGGCAUUCUCAAAUCACUCGCAGAUCCAUAGACAAAUCUCAGAUUGUUACAUUUGUACACUGCCGUGUCCUCUGACCGCGUCUGGCGGAUCCGAUUUGAAGGCCUUUUCAUUGACGGGACUCAUUGUCUCGUACCCAAAAAAAAGUCGUCACAAGUCAUCAUUUUGCUCCCACCACUUACCAAACUCUGUCACGAGUAAUUUUUUUGUACGAGCCUUUCAGUCCUCCAAGUCUCUUUAGAAUGAAAAAUUAACCUGAAUCUCUGUCAAUUGCACUUCACGCGCGUCCUGGCUACAAGCUUCAGGACCUGGCCAGGCGCCAUCAAAAGAAACGAAAGCUUACAUUAUAAAAGUGUAGAAGACCCUUUCUAGGAAUAAACCAUUAUAUUGUGAAGCCUUCUUUAUCCUGUGACCUUCGCCGUCUCUGACCCUUGACUAAGAAUGUCUUUAGUGUUGUCCAUUAGUACUCGGGGUUGGGAAUGAAAGGGAAGAUGGUUGAAGUGCUAGAUGUGUUGACAUGCAGCCAAAACUCAACGAUACUGCACUUCCAAUUCAGCUCAGGAUUUCACGAGAGGCCAAAUGAUGGUACAAAUCAGGCGAGGAAUUAUCGACAAAGGAAGUCACGUGUUUCACUAUCUAUGUUUUAGGUCAUAGGAGUUGUUUGCAGUGGCCGAGCGGUGUAGCAGCCCCAAUGGCUGACAGUGAGUCACGAGCUUCUGCGUCCAGUGUUUUCAUUAUUCGGGCAUUAAUGUGGGAAUCAAAUCCCACGACUCACUGCGGUUCGUCUCCCAACCUGGUCAGAGCUGCAGGGCCUGUCAGUCAGGACUGGGACAUGACCGACAGCUCAAUGGGGACAUGACCGACAGCUCAGUGAGAACCAAUCCGCUGGAGAGUUGACUUCUUCAACGACACAGUCACCACAAUCUGCGCCUAUAAACGAAGUCAAUGGGUCCGAAUCAACGGCCACUUGACUGUUUUCUCUGAUCGUGGGAGAACGCGAGGGGUGCUCGCGAAGAUUAUACAAACAGUGACUAGACUACAUUUUAUGAAGAGUAUAUAGGGACGGGUUUGAUGACUUCGCUUCAACCAGAUGAUUAUUUUAGGAAGUAAAUAUCACACUCAUAUGUUCAAUCUUUAAAAGAAGCUAAAGCUAAAAGUUUGGAAAGAUGUCACGAGCUAUCUUGACAAAUAUUUCAUCAUUUCACUGUUUUAAGAUGUUUCAAAACAUGUACAUCUUCAUCAUUCUUAAAUUAAGCC